CACCUCUCCACGGAUCGUGUGUUUUCUCUCGCCCGCCCCGCGCCGUCCGAUCCCGCCUCGCAUCCCGAAUCCACUUUCCCAACGGUCACAUGAGACCGCCUUGGUCCACGCCCGCCCUCCCGCACCUCUCCCGUGAUCUAUAUAACUCCCCCCGCGCCCCAGUUCCCGUCCCUAGCCACCGCAUCGUCGCCCUCAAAUUCGUUCCGUCCAGGCAAGGAAGAAAUCGAGCAGCCAAGGAGAGGAGAAGAUGGCUCGUACGAAGCAGACCGCCCGCAAGUCCACCGGAGGCAAGGCCCCGCGCAAGCAGCUCGCCACCAAGGCGGCGAGGAAGUCGGCGCCGACGACCGGCGGCGUGAAGAAGCCCCACAGGUACAGGCCCGGGACGGUGGCGCUGCGCGAGAUCCGCAAGUACCAGAAGAGCACGGAGCUGCUGAUCCGGAAGUUGCCCUUCCAGCGCCUGGUCCGUGAGAUCGCUCAGGACUUCAAGACGGAUCUGCGGUUCCAGAGCCACGCCGUCCUGGCCCUCCAGGAAGCCGCCGAGGCCUACCUCGUCGGCCUGUUCGAGGACACCAACCUCUGCGCCAUCCACGCAAAGCGCGUCACCAUCAUGCCCAAAGACAUCCAGCUCGCCCGCCGCAUCCGCGGCGAGCGCGCGUAGGCGUAUCUCGCGCCCGGCCCCAGUGGCGGCGGAGGGAUGGAGGAGUGCAAUUUGUAACUUUAUGCUGUUUGUUCGCUUUUAGACGGCGCGGCGAAGAAGUAGUGUAAAAACGGCUUUACAAGUCUAUUUUGUGCGGUAGUUCGUGUAGGCCGCUUCGUCCCGAAGCGAUCUUGGUAAAAGACUGAUCAUUCGUGUUGCCAAACGACACAAUUCGUAUUUUUUUGUGUGCCGUGUAGAACACGGUUUGUUGUUAUUGGAAUGGUUCACCGAAA